AUGAAUUUUAUUGAUUAAGAUGAUUGUAAUAUACCUUUCGAUUAUGAGGAUGAUUUGAUUUUUCCACCAUGUUAUGAAAAUAUAGAAACACCUGAACAUAGCAAAUCUACAGAUUUAGAAUAAAAGUUCAAAAACGAUAGAAAAGAAAGAAUUUAAAAAAAAAGAAUUGAAAAAAAACACAAAACAAAAUCUGAAUCAAAUAAUAAUCUUUCAAAAGAAGAGUUAAGAAAAUUAAGAAAUAGAAAUUCAGCUUAAUAAUCAAGAGAUAGAAAAAAAUAAUAAUUUGAUUCUUUAAUCUUAGAGAACCAAAAUUAUUAGAUGCUACUUAAAUAAAAAGAAGAUUAAAUUUAAUUAUUAAUGGAAGAGAAUAAUUAAUAAAGAUUAAAAAUAUAAUAUUUAGAAGAGUUAAAGUAUAUAUUAAUAAAAUUUUGAUUAGUUAAAAUUAGAAAUGUAUGAAUUGUGCUUAAGAAGCAAGUCAUGAGAUGAUAAGAGUAAAUGUCAUUACUAAAUAAAAGAUGAUGAAUUAUGGUUUAUUAUCUUUAUUGGCAAUCACUUGUAUAUUGUCUAUUGUAAAUAAUGAUUAUGAAUUUUCACCAAAACCUAUAUCACUUCAUUAAAUUUCACACUAAAAAUAUGACUUUUUAGCACCAAAACAAUAAUUUUCAAAUUCAACAUAAUUGGCAAUCUAUAAUAAUUUAGCUAUACCAGAACAUUAAUUUAAUAAUUAAACACUCUUUUAUAAUUGUACAGGUAAUGAAAAAGAGUGUUAGACGUUUUUAAACAUCAUAAAGGCUGAAAAUGCUAAUAAUUUAUAUUUUGUAAAUGAUGCCUCAGAUCAAAUACCUGCUACAUAAGACCAUCAUUUCGAUUAAGGAGAAAAUGUCUAUUUAAUCAAAAUAAAAUAAGAUGAUGAAGAUAACUUUAUGAUUUUUAGGGCAAAAUGUUAAAUUACAGAAAGUAACAAGUUAUUGUUCGAAAGGGAUAGUUACGAUUCAUUUAAUAAUAAUAGCUUGUAAUACUGA